GGAUUUUCUGUACACCGCAAGGAAAGGAGCUUCUAGUUAUAAGCUUUAGUUAUAAGCUUUGCAGGACUUGUUGAAAAAUGGCUACAGGAGCAGAUGUUCGUGAUAUUCUGGAAUUGGGGGGUGGGGAUACAGAAGUCACUGGGAUGAUCAACAAAAAGGACAUCAUUAAUGCAGAUAAGAAAAAAUCCAAGAAAGCUUCAGAGACUCUGACUUUUAAGCGUCCAGAAGGCAUGCAUCGAGAGGUGUAUGCACUUCUCUACUCUGACAAGAAGGAUGCACCACCGUUACUACCAAGUGAUACCACGCAGGGAUACCGCACAGUGAAGGCAAAACUAGGCUGUAAGAAAGUGCGGCCCUGGAAAUGGAUGCCGUUCACGAAUCCUGCUAGAAAGGAUGGAGCUAUUUUUUUCCAUUGGCGUCGGGCUUCAGAAGAAGGAAAGGACUACCCAUUUGCCAGGUUUAAUAAAUCUGUACAGGUUCCAGUUUACUCAGAACAGGAGUAUCAAAUGUAUCUACAUGAUGAUGGCUGGACUAAAUCUGAGACAGACCAUCUUUUUGACCUCUGCCGACGUUUCGAUCUGCGAUUCAUUGUUAUCCAUGACCGAUAUGAUCAUCAGCAGUUUAAGAAAAGGUCAGCAGAGGAUCUGAAAGAUCGUUAUUAUGGCAUCUGUGCUAAGCUGGCAAAUAUUCGUGCCACCCCAGGGACAGACUUGAAAAUCCCUGUGUUUGAUGCAGGACAUGAGAGGAGAAGGAAGGAGCAGCUGGAAAGAUUGUACAACAGGACACCAGAACAGGUGUCAGAGGAGGAAUAUCUGAUUCAGGAGCUGCGGAAAAUUGAAAGCAGAAAGAAGGAGCGAGAAAAGAAAGCCCAGGAUCUGCAGAAACUUAUUACUGCAGCUGACACCACCACAGAGCUGAGGCGUGCAGAACGCAAGGCAACGAAAAAGAAGCUACCACAAAAGAAGGAAACUGAGAAGCCUGCAGUACCAGAAACAGCUGGGAUCCGGUUUCCUGAUUUCAAAUCUGCAGGGGUUACACUGCGCAGCCAGAGGAUGAAACUACCAAGCUCAGUUGGACAGAAGAAGAUUAAAGCCCUGGAUCAGAUGCUAACAGAACUAGGAGUAGACUUGAACCCAAUGCCAACAGAGGAGAUUGUGCAAAUGUUUAAUGAGCUUCGCAGUGAUCUAGUGCUGCUGUAUGAACUGAAGCAAGCCUUCUCCAGCUGUGAGUAUGAGUUGCAGAUGUUACGCCAUCGCUUUGAAGCCCUCUCCAAAAGCGGAAGCACAAAUACAGUUUCAUUGGGAGAUGGAGUUGCUGGGGAAAGUCAGGCAGCCUCUGGCACAGAAGAAAUAAAAUUAGAAGCAAAAGAUCCAAUCAUCGAUGUUGUUGGGGCCCCACUAACACCGAAUUCGAGAAAAAGGAGGGAAUCUGCCUCCAGCUCCUCAUCAGUGAAGAAGAUGAAGAAGCCUUGAGAUGACUGAGCAGCACAUACAGAAAGCAAAAGGCGAUGUGAAUCCCUGACCUUGUUCCAUGAGUGUUUGGGUUGAGACCAGAGAAGCCGCUAGACUGUUGACAUUCUUAAUUGCUGUAUUUUAGUCAUGGAUGUACAUAUUGUUUCCUUAUAUUUGUGUUUAGAAAAAAAGCACACAGUGAAAACAUUUCUGUAUAAUACUUUUACCUAUUGGUUCUACCCCUGGAACACUCUUGAGUAGCUAAUAUGGUUUCUAGAAUAAGUGAUAAUUUGCUAGUUUUUUUUUUUUUGUCCUUGUUCUAAAGGAAAGCAGAAUUGUUACAAGAAUGUGAAGUAUUUAUAAGAUCUGAGGAAAAGAGAUAUAGAGAGACUACGUGUGAGCCUGACAGUUUUUGUUUUGCGCGUCUCUCUGGUAACAAACAGGUCAUGUAUUAAAUAAGUGGCAACAUAAUAAAUGAGGCUCUCCUGUUUUUUACA